UUUGCUUUGAAUGAUGGUGAAAGCUCAUAGGUAAAUGAGGAAGGAUUGGCAUCCAGGUGUUGCUAUGGUGAUGUCAGUCAGAAUGGCUCCUCUUCCUCUGAUUUUUCUGCUCAUGAUUCAGGGGGUUUGUAGUGCUGAUGAUUGGGGUGUGAGUUAUAGCUCUUCAAACAUCUGUGCACUAAAGGGCUCAUCAGUGAUAAUGUCCUGCACUUAUAAAUACCCUCCUGGAUAUAAGAUCAAGAAAGUGUUCUGGACCAAAUUUAUCGAAAAGGGUGUAGAGUUUCCAGAUCUGUUUAAUGACCCUGAAUACAGUCAGAGGAUUCAGUAUCUGGGAGAUAAACGGCAGAUCUGCACCAUCAGACUGAAUGAUGUGACACAGAAGGAUUCACACGAGUACUAUUUCAGAUUCAUUACUGAUAAACCCGAUGGAAGAUGGAUUGGUAAACCUGGAGUGACUCUUGAUAUCACAAAUCUUCAUGUGGAGUCUCCUGAGAGCGUGACAGAGGGAGAUACAGUCAGUCUGACAUGUAAAAGCACCUGUAAUCUGACUGACAGAGCAACAUUCAUCUGGUUGAAAAACACACAGUCAUUAACUGAGAGAAACAAUAAACUCCUCCUGCAGUCAGUCAGAAGAGAGGAUGCAGGCAGAUAUAGCUGUGCUGUACACGGACACAAACUCACAUCACCUCAUGUUUAUCUCAAUGUCACAUAUUCCCCAAAGGAGACGUUUGUUGUGGUGAGUCCAUCUGGUGAAAUAGUUUUGGGUGAUUCAGUGACUCUGACCUGCAGCAGUGAUUCAAACCCACCUGUUCUGAACUACACCUGGUUUAAGGAGAAUGAAAGCUCAGCUGUUGGAUCUGGACAGAGUUACAGUGCACUACAGAGUGGAUUCUUCUACUGUGUAGCUCAGAAUCAACAUGGAUCUCAGAGAUCAGCUGCUGUACAAGUCACUGUUAAAGGAAAUGCACUAUACAUAUUUUUGGGAGCUGUGACGUGUGGAGCUGCAGUUGUUGUCAUUGCAAUGCUAAUUUGGUGGAUGAAAAAGAGAAAUGAUACACCAGAGUCUCAGAUUGAUCAUCCCAGCCCCUGUCAUAAAACCUGUGAUGUUGAACUGAAUGAUUCAGUGUACGAGAAUGCUGACCCUGAUGAGGAUAUAUAUCAGAAUAUAUAGGUGAUUAUUCAGCUGAAAGUUAAACCAAAAUGCAUGAAAUUCCAUGUAAACCCUGGGAAUGAUUCUAUUACUAUGACAAAAAUUUUAUACACC